AUGUAUUCUCCUGCCAUUCAACCUUGCGUACGAAGCCAUCGUUUACAUCUUUUUCCACUGUGAGAAAUGUAAUUUCAUUGAUAACAAAAGAUGUCGUUUUCCUCAAAGUUUGAAAUGUUUAAAAAUUUGCUCAGAAUUUCAAUAAAAAAUGAGAUAUCUCAGGAAAACUUCCUUUCAGACCAAACCCAUUUUUGUGGUUUUUAGGAAUUCCGAAUUUGAAAGAAAGUUUGCAGAAGUUUGCAUGGGGUAGACCUACAAAGGAUUUUUAAGGAAAUUUUGAAAAAUCUCAAACUUCCCACAAAAAUGACUGUUCGCUUUUUUUUUUCUGAACAGUGAACUCCGAAAAACUUCUUCAUCUCAAAAUACUUUCCUUUGCAGUGUUGCCGCCCCGAUGACAAAUACUACUUGGAACACAGGGAGAGAUUGCUUCAAGAACACGAUGAGGAACAACAAAGACUUCAGGAAGAGCACGAGGAAAGACUAAGAGCUCUCGAACGUGCCGGGUAUGACGAGUUGGAAAGAAGAAGAGAAACUGAGCGACAGGAGCGGAAAAAUGACGAAAACUUGAGGCAGCAAGCUCGAACCCAACGAAUUAGAGAAGAACAGGAGCAGGAAGCAGCUCGAAAGGCCCGGAUGGAAGCUCAGAAUGAGGAGCACCGCAGGAAAAUAAGAAAAUUCCAGGAAGAUUCCGACAAAAAGAUAGCCGAGCUGAAAUGGAACUCGGAGCAGAAGUCGGCGAGAGACCUGCAGGAGUACGAGGAAAACCGUAGAAGAACUCAAGAAAUUGAGAGAAAACGUCAGGAAGAGUUCGAAAGGGAUCGGGAUUCCUGGCAGGCUGCGGAACAAGCCAAAGAGGCUCGUCAUCAGGCUGAUAUGAGAUCGAGAGACGAGAGAAUGGCUCAGGAGCAGCUGGAGCACGAGAAGAGAAUGAGGAAGAUCAAAGCAGAUGCGGAAGAAGUUCAGCGGGAGCAGUAUCGACGUUGGGAAGAACGACAAAAACUGGCCAACGCUCAGCUCCGGCAGCUCUUCGAAAUGGUUAUCCAAAGACGCUGGAAUCAGAUGAUCGAAAAUCGGUGGGCGAAUCGGCUUUGCUUCCUUCAAGGCGUCAACCGACCUGUCGCCAGGGAGUUCCGAGAUUUGCACCAGCAGGUGAGCUUUCCGAAAAAGAGAAGAAACAGAACUAGAAAAAAGGGAAAGCUUGACAGAUUCAAUAGUUCGAGGAGCACGAGAAGGAAUAAUUUCACUAUUCAAUUUUCAGUAAUAGAAUCCGCUGAAUUCCUCAAAAAAGAGAGGGGACAAUGUUCAGCCAAGGAAGAUCUGAAAAAUCACGCUUUUUUCAGUUCAACGCGACUGUGUUGCAACAAAACAAAGAGAAGGACCUUCAAUAUAUAGCGGUAAACUCAUCGAUUUCCAACAAUUUCAAGUUGAAUUCGAUUCAGAUGACAGUGAGCGUCGUGAUUUCGGCCCUGGACAAUGAAAUGAAGACAAUGGAUCAAGAAGGUCAAAAAAUGGAAGAUUAUUAUCGUCGGACCGGCGCCGAGUUCUUGCGAGAAAUUCAGGUUGAUUUACAAAUUAGGAAACGAAGUUUCCUCUCAGAGAAGCACCGAAGACGUUGCCGACAAGUGCCAGGCGCUCAAAGCUUCUCUCAUAAGUUUCCGUGGCGAAUGUGUUAGUUGUCCUCUUGGAAGUUCGGCGAAAAUUGAUCCGAAUUUUAGGAAAAGAGGUACCGCCAGUUCUCUAGCUACUGCGAAGCCUUUGGCAGACGAUCUUGAACAAACUGUCGCUAAAAUUCCAACGAUUCACCAGCUCAAAGAGAGAUUCGAAGGCUCAUGGAAUAAUCCAGAAAGCCAAGAAGAUGGUCAACAAUCUAACGUUAUCAUAACCGAAGUCUACGACUAG